AAAACAACAAAACCGCCUUUGAAGCUUUUAACAAAGUUUCAAUCAUCCAAACAAACCAACCAUCAAAAUGUCGCUCUUCCCACGAUUCCCAGCUGGUGACUUCGCUCCUCUCUUCCGUCUUCUCGACGACUACGAUGUCCACCGCGCGACUCGCGCCAACCCUCAGCUGCGCGGCUUCGCGCCCAAGUUCGACGUCCGUGAGACCAAGGACGCCUACCACCUCGACGGCGAGCUCCCUGGUAUCAGCCAGAAGGACAUCGACAUUGAGUUCAGCGACCCGCAGACCCUGGUGAUCAAGGGCCGCACCGAGCGCGAGUACCACUCUCCUGAGCCUGGUGAGGAGGGCCAGGCUCAGGGCCAGCAGCAGGGCCAGGGCCAGGGCCAGGAAGUCACCAAGACCGGUGACAAGCAGGUCUCCAAGGCCGACCAGCCCAAGGCCAAGUACUGGGUCAGCGAGCGCUCCAUUGGAGAAUUCCACCGUACCUUCUCCUUCCCGACUCGUGUCGACCAGGACAACGUCAAGGCCAGCCUGAAGAACGGUAUCCUUUCCGUUGUCGUUCCCAAGGCUUCUGCUCCUUCGGCCAAGAAGAUCACCAUCUCGGAGUAAACGCAUUCCGCUAUCACUACUCCUUCUCGACGGUCAUCCUUCCAUGAUCCAAUCUUCCUCUAGUUUCUGAAACCGACAUCCUUUCUUAUCCCCUCUGCAACUCUCGGGCAUGACUGUCGAUCGAAUCAACUUCAUCAAGCAACGUUCUUCGAGCAUGACGAAUACGACCUAAUAUUUCUCCUUCUUUCAAAGGUUGACGAUGGCAGUGGAAGUGGCAUGGUGUUGCAUGAAGAUCUCUCCUUUUGCAAGUGACGACGUUACGACUAUGUUAAUUAAUCGCAUAAUUUGAAUUUAAUACAUUAUUCAAGUUCAUAUUAUUUUCCCAAU